GUAACCCAUGGUUUCAUGCAGGCGAUGACUCCUCAGCAUCCUUUCGGCGAGCGAACAGCCUCCGCUGCCAGCCGCCCCUCUUCUGCUGGCCGCAUCGUGACGCUGCCUGGCCAACAGCCUCCAAAGGUGAGCCCGGAGGCCGGUGGAACUGGUGGCUACGCAAUCCGACGUCCCUCCGUGGCAACAUAUGCCGGUUACGAGGACAGAGCUCGCAGAACAAGUUGUUCGAACGUUGGGGAUGUGAUGGCCCCGAAGUCCGUGAACAGCCUUCGAGCCCAGGUCAAUGGCAUCCGCUCCAGUGCUGUAGUCGCCGAUGCGGACGCCAUUUGCCGAGCGCGGGGCAGGCGCCCGUCUGUCGUGGAGGUCCACUCUUUUGGCUCCACAGGUCCGUUGAUGGGCUAG